AUCCUUCUGCAUCCACCUCCCUCACUACUCGCAUUUUUGUGCAUCGGGCACACAGAGGGAGACAGAGAAGAACGCUUACUGUCACAGAGACUGGGGAACCUGAGACCUGAGACGUCCUCAGCGAGACCGAAGGGGAACUUUGAUUUAACGACUAAACCGAUGGAAACGUCGCGGACAAGCGGUAGCUCGCAUCUUCGAUGAGGGAUUCGGCUUUCAGUAUGUUUUAGAUAUGCUGUCCUUGGGCACAGCUCAGUGUAGGUUUGUAUUUCGUUGCUUCUCCCAAAUUGUACUGUGCUGCCGUGCUGUGACUGAACACCUAGGUCAGUCGAAUGAAAUUUAAGGAAGACAGAACAUAUUAUUUCCAGCUUCGUGACAUAGGACUUCCAGUUGCAACGGGUGCCGCGAUGCCUGCGACAUUUCGGUCUUUGUUUCUAGUGCUGCUGAGUCUCCUGAGUGCCAGUGCCCAGACGGCGCUGAUGAAACAGGUUGUCGGGGACAACGCCACACUGCCAUGCCACCACCAGUUCUGGCAGUCCAGUGACUCGCUGGACAUCGAGUGGAUCCUGCAGAAGCCCAAUGUCAAGCAGCGUGUGGUCAUCACCUUUUUUGGGAACAAGGUGUACAAGAUGGAGAGUGAGGACGGCCGUCUGUCCUUCGCCGGCGACUACCUGAACGGCGAUGCCUCACUGAUGAUCAGCGACCUGCAGCUCAGCGACUCUGGGGAGUACACCUGCAAGGUCAAGACCGGCGGGAAAUACCAGUGGGUCCUGGUCAACCUCAUUGUGCUGGUGAAGCCAUCGAAGCCUCGCUGCUGGAUGGAGGGUCGCCUGGUGGAGGGCAGUGACGUGAAGCUGAGCUGCAAGUCGUCCGACGGCUCCGACCCCAUCUACUACAAAUGGGAGCGAGUGCUGGACAAGGGCAAGAGCACCGCCAAGCUUCCCCCCCUGGCUCUAGUGGAUCUGAAGAACCCCGAGAUUGUGACCCUCAGGAACCUGACCCAAGACAGCUCGGGCUCCUACCGCUGCACGGCCAGCAACGACGUCGGCGAAGAGAACUGCAUCAUCGAGGUGCAUUAUGUGCAGGGCAUCGGCAUGGUUGCCGGGGCGGUGGUGGGCACCUUCGGCUCCUUUGGCGUGUUGCUCAUCAUCCUCAUCGUCUGGCUGGUGUGCCGCAAGAAGGAGAAGAAGAAGUACGAGGAGGAGGAGACCCCCAAUGAGAUCAGGGAGGACGCGGAAGCGCCCAAGGCCAAGCUGGUGAAGCCCAACUCGCUGUCGUCCUCACGCUCGGGCAGCUCGCGCUCCGGAGCCUCCUCCACCCAGUCCAUGGUACACAACAGCGCCGUCCGUGGGGUCCCCCGCCCCCGCCCGCCCGCCGUGGCCGCCCUCAAGGAGAACGGCCAGCCCCCCGGCUUCCCCCAGUCGCCCCCCACCUACAACCAGGCAGUGUCCAAGACCCCCGAGCCCCCGAUCACCCCCAAGUUCAACUCACGGAACAUGCCUGGAACGCUGGCGGUGCCUACCGGGGUGAUGGUCCCAGCUCAGAGCAAGGCCUUUCAGACUGUCUAGGGAGGACAGUCCUGUCACCUCGCAGCCAUGGCAAAACAGUGUAGCCCUCCCAUCCCAGGAAAGACAAAAGACUCUCUUCUGAAGAAAGAAAAAAAUAGAAAAAUAAAGAAUAAAUGCAACCAAGAUGAAAAAGAAAAAAAAUCAAAAGAUGGGAAAAAAAAAAUGAUUCAAUAAUAUAAAACAAGAAGUUUAAAUGAAUGCAUACUUUAACAAGGGAAAAUACAAAGUGCUUGCCCCCUUCUGAAUUAUAUAAAAUGAAAACGGGAAAAAAAGGACUCGAGUCAUUUUCAUUCUUGUCUCCCCACCCCACCCCAGUCACUGCAAAGGCUGAACUUUUUUCAUUUAAAAAAGUUUUUGGGUUUGUUGUUCUCGCUCUCCUUUUUUUGUCGUUUAAACUUUGAAGGAAUGGGAAGGAAGCAAUGUUAUGUGUUGAAGCAGAAAAGAUCCUCCAAGUGGCGUUUAUUUAUUUAUCGAAUCAAAGGGAGCCGAAGUCAAGAGCAGGUCUACUGCAUAAAGCAAGGCAGAGUCACAGCGGUGGGGGUGGUGUAUGUGUGUGUGUGUGUGUGUGAAGAGGGUCAUAGGGGAGGAGGAUGAGGAGAUGUAGAAACGACAGCCUUUGCCCCCAGCAGGAGCAGCUAGACUCUGCUCUUCCACCCAUUAACCAACCAGAGAAAGAGAAGUGGAGUGGAGAGAAAGAAACACUCUCUGCUCCGAUCAGCCAAGCAGCUGAGCCAGCUCCACCAUUCCCUGGCCGCGACCUCACCCUCAACCCAGCAUACAAACUGGACGCUCCCACCCAUUUGGCUUACCCAAGUCUGUUUUUUGGCAUCGUCUUUUUUUUUUUUUUUUUUUUUUCUUUACCACUGAGUAGCGAAAUGAAAACGUCCACCUGAGACUUUAGCAUGUACUUGAGAAAGGUUGCAGGACCUCUGUGGUGUUUCAACAGACAUUCGCCCCAUACACACUGCUGACUGCGCAGUUACAGGAACGUUUUUAUCCAUGUUUAGCCUCUGGACAGACAUAUUGUAUACAUUCUGUUUGAAAAGUCUUUUGCUGUGCAACAUUUUCUUUGUACUGCAGGUUGAAGAUUUUGGGCGAAGAGAAAAAGGGAUUUUGUUUGAUUUAUUUAGGCCUGUGUGGGAUGGUACUUUUUUAAUUUUUUGCAGACCAUGUUUAUUGAGAUGACUGAAUGAAGAAGUGCCCGAACUGUUCGAGAUGGUUCAUGGUUUACUUAUAUAGCUUUAUUUUUUCCUUCAUUUUUCAACGGUACUUCAACCAAAAUCUGACUGAUAUGCUAUGAAUGUGUAACUAAGAUGGACACUAUAUAUUUUCUGUUUCUAUUUCUUUCUUUCGUUUUUUUUUCUUUUUAAAAAUAAUAUGUAAAGGUAAUCCAUGAUAGUGUUAAGGCACAAAAUGACCUUGAAUAUUAAUCUCACAAUAAUGUGGAUGUGUGAAUGCGUAGCGAGGGGAAUUAUGUACAGUGCAAUGUGUGUGCACCAUGGUACUCUUAUGGGGGGUCCCGUGACAAUGGGCCACCUCAAGAUGGCUGUCUUGUUGUCAGGACGACUCCUCUCUUCCUCAGCCAGACCCUGGCACGAGUCUAUACCUGUGUCCCUGAAGAUCCCCUGUAAGACCUUGCACAGUGCAGAUAGGAUACAGAAGUAACUUGAGAGAGAGAGAGGGGGAGGGGUAAAAAAAGAAAAGGUAGAAUGACAGCUAGCCUAUUUUUGUGUGCCUUUGUAUCCCACCCAGCACCAGACAUUCAACCCCCCUCAACUGUCCUUUUUGGUUAUUUAAUUUCCUGUCCUUAUCAGGCGGUACACAAACAGAUUGCGGAAGUUAAAGCUUUGGCCAGAAGGGUCUCUCUCUCUCUCUGUCUCUCUAUCUCUCUUUCUCAAGCCUGAACAUCAAAUAAGUACAUCAAACAAGCCGAGCCAGUGCUGUGAAUGCCUCUGCCUGGUCAAGCAGAACAGAGAUGGACAGAAAGAGACACAUUGAGGAAGAGAGCGGGUCUGUCUUUCAGCUAUACAGUCAUCUGCAACACAUGAAUAAUGUACAUUCUGUAGUCAUAAUGCUGUUUUAUAUUGUACAUACAGAUAGAUAUACGCACAGGGUGUCCUUUUAAUUUAACCGUAGCAGAGGGCAAGUGCUGGUCUGGAAUGAGGACAUUGAGAGGGGGAAGUCUUCUGAAAAAAGGGGAAGGCUACUGAUACGCCCUCUGAUUCAGCGAGUUCAUUUCUUAGGGUUGUUAUUAGUGAUGUCAUCAUAGCUACCCUCAUACUAGUAACUUAUUAAGUAAGCAACCAAUAACGAAUCAUGUAAAGAGUGAGCUGACCAAUCAGAAGAGGUUUUAUUUGAAAUGCAACACUCUGACUUGAGAUGUCUGUGUUUUUUUUUGUUAUUGUUCAUCUGCUCUGUUUGACUUUAUAUGCCUUUUUCAAAACAAUUUCGUUUCACCAGCAGCAAUCUUCACAAGUGACUGUGGUGUGUGUGUAUGUGUUUGCGUGCACGUGCAACUGUGUAUGGUGUGUGUGUGUGUGUACGUGUUUGUGUGCAUGUGCGUCUGUGUGUGUGUGUGUGUGUGUGUGUGCGUGCGUGUUUGUGUGUCUGUGUACGUUGUUUGUGUGCAUGUGCGUCUGUGUGUGUGUGUGUGUGUCAGUGUGUGUGGGGCGGAGCUGUCCAUAACUCAUACACAGCCUACUCUGUGGAAACCAAUCGCAUGCAUUCCAGUCUGUGGUGGUGGUGUGUUUCAAUAUAGCAGUGCUCUGUUCUUUCCAUGAUUUAACUGUCUCCCACAGCUACAGUCUGUAAUUGCGUAUUUCACUUCCCGACAGACACACACUCUCAUUUACACACACAUGCACUCUCUCUCUCUCUCUUUCACACCCACCACAAACAUAAACAUGCACUCCCUCCAUUCCUGACAGGCGUCACCCUGUUGGUCCUCUUUUCCUUCAGAAUAAACGUGAUGGAUGGAAUGUCGCAAAGGUUUAAGAGUGAGUGAUAGUCGCCGUCUCCUGACGGGAGCACAAAGGAGGCCUUGUCCCCCGGACAGAGCCCUCGGAGACGAGCCCCGUCUUAGCCCCCGCCGUCCAAACAAGGGGAAACCUGUAUAAACAGAAGAGCAAAGCAGGGACAGGCCAGGAGUGGAGCGUAAGCACUCCAUCCCCAGUUAAGGGUGCGCCAGGGCCAGGCCAGCUCUCCAAGGCGUGCAGGGCCCCUGGUGCUUGUCUGACAGUCUUAGAGAGAGAGAGAGAGAGAGAGAGAGGGGGAAGAAAAAGAGUGAAAGAAUGCUUGUGUUUCAGCUUUUUUCCCCCCCUCCUCUCCUCCCCCUCCGUCCUUCGACGGUUCGUUGAACGUCUUCAGGCAAGCAGCAGUCUCAGGUGGCAUAUUCGCUCAUUUAUGAGCCCUCGAUCGCUUCUCUGGCCAUCUGCAGCAGGCAAACCGGUGCGGUUUUUCACACAAUUAAUCUUUUUGGGGGUGGGGGGGGUGGGGGGAUGUCGGAGCACCAUGGAGAUUUCAAAUGUGAUGUUUUUUCAACCUCUUGUCUACUUUCCACUUUACUGCUGCCAGUGUUUCAAGUGGUACUUUGCAUCACUUUGAAGACCUCUUCUUACGAAUACAAAACAAAAACAGAAAGCUGCUGAAGUUCUUUGUUCAAUCAGUAUGUUUGAUUACAAAAAAAAAAAAAAAACAAUCCUAUGUAGCCACAUUAUUCUUUUGGGAAUUGUUUUUGUUGGCCACUGCAUUCUGGUACGGUUUUAAUGAUUCCGGAUUGAAUCCUCUGCCUCUACAGAAAGACCGAAUGUGUAUCAUAAGGAAAGUAAGUUGGAAAUGGGGAAGCCCUUCCAGCAGUUAAGCAGUGAUUGCUGCAUGUCUACAGUGAUUGAGCAGACAUUGGGAAUGCUUUGCUUUGGUGUUUAUACCUGUAUUCUGCUAAAAAACCCUAUAACUGUAAAUAUAUUAUGGGCAGUUGUUGCAAUCAUAGUUUAUUUCUCCACUUUCAUUUUUUUCUUGUCAGGCUCAAAUGGUAUGAUUCUAGGUACCAUGCUAUGUUAAGUUACAGUAUGAGCACUUUUUUGUUUUGGUUUAAAUUGUUUGGUCAAACUCAUCUGGAGAUUUGGAUGGAGAAUCUACUUUUCACAGUGAAUUUAAGGGAAACACAAACUACCAUUAUUAUUAUUUUUCUUUCACUAUUAAUUCCCUUUUGUUUUUGUAACCUGUAUGUUUGUUUGAAGAAAAUCCAUCCAUGUAAAUAUGUCAUUCACAAGUAAAAAAUGUAUAUUUUUACGGAUUCUGAGUUAUUACGACUUCAUUUGCAAAUAAAAUAUCCAAUGACAAGUUA